AUGGCCCUCACUUUCUUUGGUGGGCGUCCUCCAGCCUCCAUUAUCGCGCAACUGUCGGAAUCAGGGUCCUCAAGUGAUUCUGACCGUUUCGAAGGCUUCCCGGUCGCGAGAUGGCGAGGCCGUUGCUUUAUUGAGGACCAGCGCCUUUGGAAGAAGGGAUCCCGGUUGCCCAAGGCGUGGAUUAAGGACCAUGGCGUCUUCCUUCGGGAGAUCAACCAGGGCCGCGUGCAACCUGGCCGUCUCUGGGUUUGUCGGCGCUGUGACGAGAAGUUAUCCAUUGAUGCUAUCUACACUGUCGAAGCCACAAGUUCAGCGAGUAGCCAUCUCGAGGAAAAACACAAGAUCGUCCCCCCGAACAAGCAGGUCGACAGCUCGGAGUCAAAGGUCUCAUUCCACCCAUCAAAAAGGCCGCGGUAUGCGCAGGUGUCGCAGGUCCGAGAGCUCCAGGAGCUCCUCGUUGGCCAUAUUGUGAACGCUGACUUGCCCUUUGGCAUUUAUACCGAGAGAUAUAUCACCGAGGUCUUCAAUCGCUUCGAUCCUUCUCUUGCCUCCCAGAUCCCCUGGUCUAGGUCAAGUCAACGGCGUCAGCUAGAGACCAUAUAUGAGCAGAAGAGAGCCUCAGUCAAGGCAUCGUUAAAGACUGCCGCAUCAAGGAUCCAUCUUGUCUUUGAUCUCUGGACGUCAUCCAACAACUACGCGGUCAUGGCAGUGUCUUGCCACUUCCUCGACAGCAAAGGGAUCCAGCAGCAACGCCUCCUCGCGCUGACACGGCAGAGCGGCGCCCAUACUGGAAAUAACCUCGCGACUACAUUGCUCGGUAUUAUGAAAGAGUGGGAGAUCCAAGACUGUGUCGGGACUCUUGUUUCCGACAACGCCUCAAGCAACGAUGUCUGCACUGCUGCCUUCUUUCGCCAGAUCAAGCCCGCCUUCACCAAGACCGAUAUAAUGGAGCGGCGUAUGCGUUGCUACGGCCACAUCCUCAAUCUGCGAGGCCCUGUCGGCAAACUCCGGAAUAUCGUCAAGUUCAUUAGGUCGUCGCCCCAGCGCAGCGAGUCCUUCAAGGCCCUGGCUCAGGAAACCGACGAUCAAGAGGACUGGCUGCUCCAUGAAGAAUCAAAAGCCGAGUUACAGCUCACUCUUAGCAACGACACGCGAUGGAACUCUACGUACCUCAUGAUUGACAGGGCUAUCAAGAAGAAAAAUCACAUCCAUUCCUUUCUGGUACAGCUCCAGGUUUCUGAAGGGGAGGGACAUGGGAUACCCGUCGAAGAGUUUCUCACUGCCGAGGAUUGGCGACUACUUACUGAGCUGAAGGCGAUAGUUGAGCCCCUUUACUUCCAGACCAUGAGAUGCCAAGGCUGGGGCGAGAAAGGCUCCUUCGGCUACCUCUGGGAAAUCCUUCCUGGGAUGGAGUUUCUCUUGGAUAAGUUAGAGUUCUGGAAGGUCUUUUUCGAUGAACCAGCAGACGAGGCUAUUACCCAGAGCCAGAGCCACCCACCUCAUGCGGUACAACGCAGUGAGCAUACACGAAACAAUCGGUCCUCUCGGGUACGAUCUCCCGCGUUCAAUACCCGGGCCUUACCUCCCCACGUUCAAGAAGAAUUCUUCGAACGGCCACCAAGCGUGUCGGCGCGUCUUAACACUCUCUCCGACGAUUCGCGAGGCUACCUUCGUCUGUCCAUCACAAACGCGUGGCAAAAGCUCAACCAGUACUACACAAAGCUUGGAGAAUCUCCUCUCUUUGCAGCGGCGGUCAUUCUACAUCCAGGCCGCAGUCUGCGCUGGCUUGAGACUCGCUGGAAUUCAGGUGAUCAGCUUGCGUGGCUUCGAGAUGCCAAGGAUGGUCUUGAGGGAUAUUGGACGGCGUGGUAUCGCGAUCAGGCGGAGAGCGGGUCUUCUCCUUGCCCGGCGAGCCGCCAACAAAAGGGGCGGGUCGAGCGGGAAGAUGGCGAAUACGGCCAGUGGCUUGGCGCCGAUCUUAUACGCCUGCGAAAUAGAGCGUUGGAUGCGACAGAGCUAGAGCGAUAUCUACGUCUCGAGCUGCCUAUCGAAGUUGACAACCCUAUUACCUGGUGGAUGGGUCGUCGGCAACAGUUCCCAACCCUUAGUACGCUGGCGCUGGAUAUCUUCUCAAUUCCAGCGAUGGCGGCGGACUGCGAGAGAGCCUUCAGCCUGGCAAAGCUUACUCUUACUAGCCAGAGACUCGCAAUGGACCUAAAGACCCUCCAGAUGGUUCAAUGUUUGAAGAACUGGGUUCGUCGUGACGCAGUUACCCUCGGCGGCGUUUACUUCAAGCUAGCGGUGUCUGCCGACGAGGCCGCUGAUCUUUAA